UGAGGGAGACAACCCCAGUUUGGUUUGAAGGGCGGACUGCGAAAGUGUAUGAUGGAUCGCUACUCUGUCUUCUCUUCCGCAUUCCACGUUAAGUUCUCCUCGUGUUGGCCGAUCAACCUCCAAUGCUGAAGUGACCACGGUCUGCCUAGCUAACUUUCAUAGAUUUCCUUCUUUUCUUCUAACUUAAUAACACCUUACCCCCACCCCCGCGCUCCCCUGGUCUUCCAAAUAAUUAUGGCGGAUACCAUGAAUGAGACUAGUGCCAUCGUUCGCUGGUCGCCGCAUCCACGGCCGGAUAAUCAGCGCUUUCUGAAAAUUGUUGGUCGGAAUAGCAGGGAGCAUGAAUUAAGCCUUUUUGCUAUUUCUCAUCAGGUAUGGUGUUUUGGGGUGUUUUUCCGGUGAUGAUACUGAUGUGAUGGCGAUGGCGAUGGCGGUGUAGAAGGGUGAUGAUGCUAGGGACGUCAAGAUUAAGCUUGUCGCGAAACAUACUAAAGUUCCAUUUGUUCGCGUAUGUUUCCAUGCUCCGUCCAGAGUGCAAUCUGUUUAUCUAUGUGCUUGAGGGAGCUGAUCAGAGGGAGGGAUAGUGCAUCGACUGGUCUCCGCACGAUGAGGGUAAGAAAUUGCUCCCCGACUGCAAUUGUCUCGGAAGCUUAUUUCCUUCGAGACGUAGUAGCCGUCGGUCAGCCUAGCGGCGAGGUCGUCCUUCUCAGAAUUUCCGACAACACCUCAGUCCCACUAGCUGCCAAACACCAGCGCCCCUGCAACGGGGUUUCCUUCAAUUGCACCGGCCAGUUCCUCGCAACAGGUCUCGAUAAAGUUCGGAACGACACCUGCCUAAACAUCUGGGAUGUGAAUCAGCGACUCGGUGAACGAGCUGGCCUCAUCGGUGAAAUUGGAAAACCCCUCCGGCAACUAGCCACCAGCGAAACCAUCAGCAGCGUUUGUUUCAUGCGAGAUGAUGCGAACGUCUUUCUCACCGGGAUUAACUACAGGGCGAUAAAGACCUGGGACCUGAGGGAGCCGCCGAAUAAUCAGGGUAUGUAUUCUUCGCGUUGCGCCAUUGGGAUAACACUAGACCUCGAUCCGAACUACUUUGCUUCGUACUCGGAGGAUAGUGCUGUUGCCGUGUGGGAUCGGAGGUUCAUUCGCUACGCCGGCUCUGGGGAACCGGCGUUGAAUUUUGUUCGUCCAGCGGAUGAAUAUGGAAGGCCUGGGACACAGAUUACGUCCCUACGGUACUCGUGCACUAAGUAUGGGACAUUUGGGGUUCUUAAUUCUGGAGGGAGACUUAGGGCCUAUGAUACUGCCAAGAUAUCUGAUCAGGACCCGCAUCCUGGAUCUUCACUCGGACUUUACGGUGUGCCCACAAACGUCCCGAGCGCUGUUGUGGAGCCGGAUAAGCGUGGUGGAUGGGGCGACUCGGCUGCUAGUUUGCUGGGUGGCGGUAUGAGAAGUGGGCCAAUUUCCAGAGCGCAGAACAGGAGAACAGAUGGACAAACGUUGUUUGUUACAAGGAUCAAUGAUUUAGCCCCAAUGCGGGGAUCUAAGAUUGAAAAGAGAAUCGUGAGCUUUGAUUGGAUGUCUGACCCACAGGGCACUGGUCGGGGGGAAAUGCUUCGGGCGUUGUGUCUCAGGGGUGAUGGGUCCAUAGACGUUAUUCCUUCUUCCGGGGUCACUACGAGUCUUGCCUGGGGCAGCAGGAAUGGUCUAUCUAUUACCUCUGGGAAGGACUUGAAGAUUCUGCUCUCGCCAGAGGGCCCCAGCACAGACACUUUUGGACCCGAUGACGAAGGGCGAAGCGUGGAGCACGACGAGGAGGCGAGCUCUAUCGUUAGAAGUCCCAGUGCUAGACUAGGCAUGCAUGAGAACCAACCAGCCAAAAGAAGUAAUAGCGUUGUGCGACGGGAAGACUUCCUUCUUGACCCAGCCGAGGUCCUGCGUAACGACAUAUGCGUUGUCAUGAGGAGAAGAGUAGAACAAGGAUACGAGAUGGAUGUCAGUAGAUUGUCUCCGAUGCCCUUUUCUCCUUUUCCCUUUUUUCCCCGGUUCUCUACCUGUCCCCUGCUACUGUGAGAUAGAGGGGGAGUAAACUAAUAAAACUCAGUGUGGAAAAAAUGCAGGGUUGACAGAGGAUGUUUACCUAAAGAAUAUGUGGAUGUGGCUGCAGGGCGCUUGCGAGUCUGCGAGGAAUAAUGGCAUGGUUAGUGGACUGUUGGAUCUUAGUUAUAUGGGCGUGUUGGGGAUAUGGCAGGGAAGUUCGGGUAUGACUGGCUAGACGUCCACGAUCAUUUGAAGUCACUGAUGUGAGGACAGGCAAGACGCAAGAUUCGAGACUGACUGCUGCGAGGCCGUCUAUGAGUGACUGGACGGAUACAGUUACAAACAUUAAUAAGAGAUGCAAAAGGGACAAGUUUAAGGGUGAGAGCCAGUACCCAGAGCUGAGGGUUCUAGCAUUGGCGGUAUGUGGGUGGGACUUUUCGGCCAAUGAGCUCGAUCAGGAAAUACGAAGGUAUGUUCACCAGAUAUCACUCACCAGCUGACAAACCUAACAAGAUAAGACUUGAGAGAGAAGGCCAGUAUGCCAAAGCCGCCGGCUGGGCCCUUUUCCAUGGCGACGUUGAACGCUCUAUCAAAUCUCUCUCCCAAGGCGGACAGCAAAUGAAACUAAUGUCAACGGCUGUCGCUGGCUAUCACUCACACGCCCAAUCUGCCCUCACAAGCGCCUCCGCAAACAACUCAAAUGAUCCAAGCGGCAACAUCUGGAAAGACCUCUGCCGCGAUAUGUCUGUCGAGCUCGACGAUCCUUACCUCCGCUCCAUCUUUGCCUACGUCUCAAACGGCGACUGGAAAGACGUCCUCGACGACCUCGGGCUGCCCAUCCGCGAGCGUCUCGGCAUAGCUCUGCGCUGGCUUAAAGACUCUGAACUGACAAACUACCUCGCGGACCUUACCCUGAGGCUCGUAGUAGAUGGGGACCUGGACGGAAUAGUCGUAACUGGUGUAACCGAGCAAGCUAUAAACCUCCUACAAGUGUACAUCAACCGCACCGGCGACGUUCAAACCGCAUCCCUGGUAUCAGCGUUCGCGGUGCCAAGAUACUUCUCCGACGACAGGGUUAGCAAUUGGCACGAUAGCUACAGACAUCUCCUAAACUCCUUCCGGCUCUUUCAUGCGCGUGCGAAAUUUGACGUCGCGAGGGGCAAACUAUCCCGAAACCGAACCGGCGCAAUGACCAUCGACGCAGUGCAGCGGCAAGUAUAUGUCCGCUGCGCAAACUGCGACAGGAGCGUCUCGCAGAUCAGCACCACAACACACCACCACCCCAACCACCAUCACCACCACCACCCACACCACCCACACGCGCAUCCCCAACACCCCUCUCGCACUGGCACCUCCGGCGGUAGCGGAAAUUUGUCCCACACCGCCCCCGGUGCGUCCCCUACCAAAGCCACCGUGUGCCCGCACUGCAAAAAGUCGCUGCCCAGGUGCGCGGUUUGUCUGCUAAACCUCGGCACGGUCGCGUACAGGAAGGUUGCUGUCGGGGUAGGCACUUCCGCUGGAGGAGGAGGGGCUGAGAGGGAGACAGAUAGAGAAGGCGAUUAUGAUCGCUGGUUUAAUUUUUGCUUGGCGUGCGGGCAUGGCAUGCAUGCCGGGCAUGCUAAGGAGUGGUUUGGACUGAGGAAGGUGUGUCCAGUGCCCGAGUGUGGGUGCCAGUGUAAGAUGUGA